AUGGGUAACUGCCAGGCGGCCGACGCGGCGGCGGUGGUGAUCCAGCACCCGGCCAGCGGCCGCACGGAGCUGGCCUACUGGUCGCUCCCGGCGGGCGAGGUCAUGGCCGCCAACCCGGGCCACUACGUCGCCGCCGUCAUCACCGCCCCGCACGCCGCGUCUUCCGAGGGCCCCGGCGGCGCCCCGCCCGUGAAGCACCUCAAGCUGCUCCGCCCCGACGACACGCUCCUGCUCGGCCGCGUCUACCGCCUCGUCAGCUUCGAAGAGGUGCUGAAGGAGUUCGCGACGAAGCGGCACGUCAAGCUCAGCCGCGUCAUGGUCAAGGCCAAGGACGAGGUGGCGGCGCCCACGAAGCCGGCCAAGCCCAGGCGCCGGCGUGGCAGCAGCGGCGGCGGCGGCGCCGACGCCGGCGUCGUGCGCGAGGAAUCCGACCGGUCGCUCGCAAAGAUCAUGCGCCAGUCGGUGGGGGAGGAAGAGGCCGCGGCCGCACCGAGCUCCGGGCGCGUACCGAAGGCAGGAACAAACGACAACAAUGGCGUCGCGGCGUCCGAGCCCGGCCUCGACGACGACGACGACGACUGCGACCUGGAGUCGCUGCUGCCGCCCGGGCUGGCGCUCGGCAGGCGGCUCGGCCGGCAGUGGCGGCCGGCCCUGCAGAGCAUCGCGGAAGGGCGAGACUGA